AUGGGAGACGACAAGGACAAUGGCAAACAGGGGUAUGAGAAGCACCCCUUUCUACUGUCGGUCGAUGAAGUGGGCCAGAUCCUUAAAACAAACACGGAAACUGGCUUACCCGAUGUCGACGUCGUGAAACGCCAGGAAGAGUAUGGACCCAACCGCUUGCACGGGGAUGGGGGCCCAAGGUGGUAUGCUCUAUUGGGGAAACAAAUAUCAAAUGCGAUGAUCCUGGUCCUCGUUUUAGCCAUGGCCCUUUCAUACGGUGUCUCUGAUUAUAUUGAAGGAGGGGUGAUCACGGCUGUUAUCGUGCUGAAUGUCGUGAUUGGCUUCUAUCAAGAAUUCAAGGCAGAGAAGAAGAUGGACGCUCUCCGCUCCCUCUCCUCGCCAUCUGCCAACGUGAUUAGAAACGGCCAUGAGAUAACCGUCCCAUCUGGCGAAGUCGUACCAGGCGAUAUUGUUCAGAUCAAAAUGGGAGAUACUGUUCCAGCCGAUAUUCGACUGAUCGAGGCCAUGAAUCUUGAGUGCGAUGAGAAGAUCCUGACAGGUGAAGCUGUUCCAGUAGCUAAGGACAUUGAUUUUAGUGCUAUCGGAACUGAGCUGGAGACUGGUGUGGGGGACCGCCUAAACAUGGCUUACUCGUCCUCAACCGUUACCAAAGGCCGUGGUCGAGGCAUCAUCGUUUUCACUGGCAUGAAUACCGAAAUCGGAAAGAUCGCUCAAUCUAUGCAGGGGAAACAGCGCAAAGCUGGUCGCUCUAUGUCUCGAAAGAAGUAUGGAAAUUUCCAGCCAUUCAAGGGUGGAGCUCUUCGCAUCUGGGACAGAAUUGGCAAAUUCCUGGGCCUCACGGAGGGAACACCGUUGCAGAUCAAACUCAGCAAAUUGGCCUACGUACUAUUCGGAUGUGCUCUCUUGCUUGCUAUUAUCGUCUUUGGUGUUAAUCGUUUCAAUGUUACAAAUGAGGUGGCUAUCUACGCAAUUUCCACUGGCAUCGCUAUCAUUCCCGAGUCCCUUAUCGCUGUCCUCACAAUCACCAUGGUUGUUGGCAUGACCCAGAUGAGAAGGCGGAAAGUAGUUGUUCGGCAACUGAGCGCACUGGAGGCUCUGGGUGGCGUCACCAACAUCUGCUCUGACAAAACAGGAACUCUUACUCAAGGUCAAAUGGUUGCCCGCAAGGCCUGGAUUCCCGGCGCUGGUGUAUAUAGUCUCCACAAAUCCGAUGAUGCUAAUAAUCCCACUCGGGGGACGAUCACCUUGGGGCAGCCUCCAACAUCGAAACAGGAAGCUGAGCAGGAGCGGGAGCGUAAACGCGCCGAGCAAGACGUGCUCCGUUCUACCGUUGGCCUGAAAUUCGAUAUCCCCGCUGAAAAAGAGCAGCGCGACCAACGUCGCAUUGAGGAACGAAACGAAACGCCCCCUGAAAAGGACGAUCCGGAGGAGAAUGUGCUUCCUGAGAUGAUUCCCGAACUUGAGGCGUUCGUUACAUCCGCGGCGCUGUGUAAUUUAGCCACCGUUCGCCACGAUCCAGAAUCUGACACCUGGCAAACCAUUGGUGAUCCUACUGAGGUUGCCCUCCAAGUGUUUUCUCUCCGAUUUGGUCUUGGAAAAAAGACGCUUGAAACACAACAUGGUUGGAAGCAACUAGCCGAGUACCCCUUCGAUAGUAGUGUGAAGCGUAUGUCAGUUAUCUACCGCCAUGCUGAUGAUCCUGAAACUGUUGUUUUCUCGAAAGGUGCUGUCGAAAGGAUUAUCGACCUUUGCACCACUGUUGGGGUGGGAGAUCAUCAAGAGGCCAUGACGCCUAAAAUCAAGCAGGAUAUCCUCGAGCAGAUGAACUUCCUUGCCGAACAGGGUCUACGUGUGCUUGCAGUCGCGCAAAAGCCUGGCCCUACUGGAUUCGACCCUCAUUCGCAGCAAAUUCCACGAGAGGAAAUCGAGAAAGACUUGACGCUUUUGGGCCUGGCUGGUUUAUAUGACCCCCCUCGAUUGGAAACUAAGGACGCCGUUAAAGAAUGUACCAUGGCGGGAAUUCGUGUUCACAUGCUUACUGGAGAUCAUCCAUCAACUGCUUCAGCUAUUGCAAAGGAAGUUGGUAUCCUUCCGCGCAAUGCCGGAACGCUAUCAGCAGAAGAGGCCCGAUCGUUAGUGAAAACAGCGGCAGAGUUUGACGGCAUGACUGACGAAGAAAUCGAUGCUUUGCCGUCUCUCCCUUUGGUAAUUGCACGUUGCGCCCCGGACACAAAAACUCGAAUGAUCGCUGCUCUCCAUCGUCGCCGCCGAUACUGUGCCAUGACUGGAGACGGUGUCAACGACGCUCCAUCGCUCAAAGCUGCAGAUGUUGGUAUCGCUAUGGGCUUGGCUGGAUCAGAUGUGGCGAAAUCUGCCGCCGACAUUGUGCUCACGGAUGAUAAUUUCGCUAGCAUUGUCAAUGCAAUUGAGGAAGGUAGACGCAUGUUUGAGAAUAUUCAGAAAUUCAUUCUCCAUCUCCUCACUUCCAAUGUAGGCGAAGUUGUACUCCUUAUCGUCGGACUUGGUUUCCAGGAUAGAUCGGGGAUUUCUGUUUUUCCACUCUCACCGUUGGAGAUUCUUUGGAUUAACAUGUUGACGUCUUCGUUCCCUGCCUUUGGUCUCGGUCGUGAGAAGGCCGGUGCCACUAUAAUGCAUCGGCCACCGCAUGAUACUAAAAAGGGCGUCUUCACUUGGCAGAUCAUUACUGACAUGAUAAUCUACGGUGUCAUCAUGGGAGCCUGUACGCUUCUCACCUUCGUCAUCAUAAUAUACGGUGUAGGGAAUGGAGUGGAUUCCCUGGGACACGAUUGUAACCGUAUUGCCAGCGAUUCCUGCGAUGUUGUGUUUCGGGCCCGUGCCACUGUCUUUGCCGAACUCACAUGGCUCAUUCUUAUCUCCGCCUGGGAAUUCAAACACCUUCGCAAUAGCAUGUUCAACCUAGACCCGCGGCGUGAUCGUACUGGAGAACGUUUUGCUUCCUUCCCAUUCCUCUGCGACGUAUGGGAGAACAAGUUCCUCUUCUGGGCUGUGGUUAUCGGCUUCGUCUCAGUUUUUCCCGCAGUCUACAUCCCUGGUCUCAACACAAAGGUUUUCAAGCAUAGUGGUAUAACCUGGGAAUGGGGCCUGGCAUUCGGAUCAAUAUUCGUAUUCGUGCUUGCGGUGGAGGCGUGGAAAAUGGUUAAACGAAGGACCGGCUGGUUCACUGAGGGAGAGGACUAUGGCGGUGCAGCUAGCUUGGGCUUGCGACGACGCUGGCCAAGCCACGAGUUGGGACUCAGGCAGGGAUUCUUCACUUUUGCUCGUACGCUGACCAAGGCAAGCGAGAGGAGCAUUGGUCGAGAGAGUGAGAUGUCCAGUGUUGCUGGGAAGGAAGCUAACGGUGGCCGCAAGCGGAGCACGAAUGUACACAUCUCGGCGCCCCGGAGGGUCGAGGAGGGGGUAUGAGGAUGCAGAAAGGGAUGUGAUUAUGAUAUCUGUCUUGUCUAUACUUGAGUUGGUUUUUCCUGAUAGGAGACAUGUUUAGCUUGUUGCUGCUUUUAUUUUCUCCUUUUAUGGGUACGUUAAACUGUUUCUUAUGGUUUUUUCUUUUUUCUUUUUUUUUUAGAGGAUCGACUUCCGAAAUGGCGGAAAUUUGUUGUCGAGAGCUGUUUCAAUACAGGUCAGGGGGAACUAAUUGCUGGACUGAUGAUCCGGAUUAUGAUGGGUUUAAAAAAUGGUGUUUGAUUUC